AUGCCUGUGCUUCUUUUGCUCGCCGCGCUCACACUCAGAGCAACCGAGGUGUCGGGUGAAGAGCGGCUGGACUUUGCAGGUUCAGUGGGCAACAGAGUCGCCUCGGAUGAACAGGUCGUGGAGGGAACCAUCAGCCUGAAUGGCACCAUCACGCCGGAGAUCGUAAGCAAACUGAACUGGGCGGCACAAAACGCGCUUGUAGACGCAUGUGGUCACGGUAGCAAGGUGGAUGCCAGCACCAAGCUGGAACUGUCGCCACGGACUCAUCGUGCUGUUGACAUCAAGUUCUGGGUUCUGCCUCGCAUGGGGGGAG